AUGUCGGAUAAUUUUAAUUAUAAUAUUAAUAAUAGUAGUGUUAAUAGAGAUCAAUUUCAUUCACAAAAGCCACAAGAGAACUUUAAUACACCCUAUAAUUCUUUUCCUUCAGAGAGGCCAACGUUUACCCAGGCCAACGUUCCUAAUCAACGGCCUUAUAAUCAAAAUCUCCUUGUAAAUUUACGAACACAACCACCUGGAUAUUGUCCUUAUCCUCCGCAAGAUAUAGAUAGUUUUCCUUCAACUGUUCCUAAUUAUCCUGCUCCAGCUUACCAUCAACAAGAACAGGGAACAACUUUUUCUAAUAUAAACUACCAACGGUAUCCACCAAGUUUUACAUCCUCUGCUCCUCAGUAUACCCAAGGUGGACAUCAGCCUUGUAGUAUUAUUACUCCCUCUUUCGGCUCUCCUCCGGCUGGAUACCCGAGUCCACAAAAUUCUAGUUUCGGCCCUCCUCCUGCAAACCACUCCUCUCAACCAACUGCUAUUAAUAAAAAACAAGCCGCAUUACGAGCUUUUGAGGAUUUUGAUUAUGAUAGGAACGGGAGAAUCGAUGUCGAUGAAUAUAUGAUCCUAAUUAACAAUUUGACGAAUGCUCGACUAAGCAGAGAUGAUGCUCUCUGCGUUUUUUCUAUUAUUGAUACUGACGGAUCUGGAACUAUUAGUAAGGAUGAGUUUAUAAAUUUUUACCUCGCAAAUUAUUAA